AUGUCGACGACCUACUACUACCCUGGUCAUCAGCACCAUCAGGCUCAAGCCCUUCAUCCCAUGUCACAGUCGCACAACCACCAUGGCCGUUCUCGAAGAGCCCCUCGCUUAUCGGCAGCCCAAAACUCUCAUCGACAAUUCCGAGCCCCGAAGACUGUAAAAGAAGCCGUUGUCUCCGAAGUCCCCAGCCUAGCAGCAUAUCGAGCGAGGUUCGAGGCAGGACGCUCCUUCGACCUCGACGACGACCUGGAGUUCUGCCCGAACCUUCUCUCUUUCGACGAGCGACAGUCGGUCACUUCAGGGUCUUCCGAUCGUUCCUCGUUGUCAAGCGGCUCCCCUGAGUCUUCGCCACUACAAUCCCAGAUCCAACCUCAACAGAUCACCCCAUCUUUGUCCAUCUCUUCGGCCGCGACCUCUGCAUACAUGUCCCCUCCCACCUUUGCAAACAACAACAGCCUCAAAAUCCAUCAACCUUCGGCGAUUCGUUCCCGCAACAACGCCAUUCCCAUCGUCAACCCUUCCACCGGUACUCGCAUCGGAAGCCCUCCAUCAUCCAUCUCCCCAGGCAUGAUGCAACAAGUAACCACUGCUCGCCGGUGGUAA